ACAAAUUUAAAGACAGGUCGCUUCCCUUGGCCUUAAUUUGGGCACGGGGGAGACUAAAUUCUCGGAGAAGGAAGGUGUCCAUAAUUAAGCGAUCGAUUCGAGUCCCCUUCCCUUCCUCCCUAAACCCUAACCAAACCCCCACCACUCUCUUUCCGCGCGCCGCGUGCGACGAUGGCGCGCCCGCCAGCCGCCACCGCUCCGCCUCCUCCUCCGCCGCCGCCGCCACCGCCACCGCCACCGAUCGACCGCCUCGUCUGGCUCGCCUGCGCCGCCCCGCUGUCCCGCAUCCCCGUCGUCGGCACCCAGGUCUCCUACUUCCCAGAGGGCCACGCCGAGCAGUGUCCCGCCCCUCUCCCGGAUCCGCUCCCCUCCGCCCACCGAUUCUUCCUCUGCACCAUCACCGCCGUCGACCUCUCCGCCGACACCACCACCGGCGAGCCCUACGCCACCAUCUCCCUCCUCCCUCUUCGCCACGACGCCCCCGCCCCCGCCCCCGCCCCCGCCCCCGCCGCCGCCGAAUUAGCAGAAGCAGAAUCACAGGAGUUCCGCUACUACGCCAAGCAGCUGACGCAGAGCGACGCCAACAACGGCGGCGGCUUCUCCGUGCCAAGGUUGUGCGCCGAUCACAUCUUCCCGGCGCUCAACCUGGAUGAUGACCCGCCCGUCCAGAGCCUCACCAUGGGGGACCUGCAGGGCGACUCGUGGGAAUUCCGCCACAUCUACCGCGGCACGCCGCGCCGGCACCUGCUGACGACCGGGUGGAGCAAGUUCGUGAACGCCAAGCAGCUGGUGGCCGGGGACACGGUGGUGUUCAUGUGGUGCGGGGCCCCGGCCCCCGAGAGGAAGCUGUUGGUCGGGGUGCGACGCGCGGCCAGGUACUCGGGCGAGUCGGCGUGCAACGCGCGGGGGCGGGUGCAGCCCCAGGAGGUGAUGGAGGCGGUCCGACUGGCGGCGGAGCAGGCGGCGUUCAGGGUGACCUACUACCCGCGGCAUGGGGCGGGGGAGUUCGUGGUGCCGCGGGUGGAGGUGGAUAAGGGAUUGACUACUCCGUGGAGGUGCGGGAUGCAGGUGCGCGCCCAGGUGAUGGAGGCCGAGGACACCCGCCGCCUCGCUUGGCUCAAUGGCACCCUCACUAACCUCCGCCACCAACAAAUCUGGCGCACUCUCGAGGUUGAAUGGGAUGCCUCCGCCGCGUCAUCUUCCAUGAAAAACAGAUUUGUUAAUCCUUGGCAGGUCCAGCCUGUUGAUUUCCCUCCUCUUCCCAUGGGGCUAAAGAUUUCUAACAACAAUAUUAGUGCACCUGUGUGCAAUGGGGAUUCACUGCUGGUGCCACCGAUACUAAUGCACCCGCAACCUCAACCUCCCGCUGACAUUCAGGGAGCCAGGCAUAACAAUGGCCAUGCCUAUGCAGAUAUACCCUCUUCAUCAACACCAUCAAUGGUGAGGACUCAGCAGCUGUUCCCAAGGGAUCUUCAGAUUUUAGUUCCCCACACCGACAUUGUCACUCCUCAAAAUGGAUCACCGCCCGACAACCCCGUAAACACGCCUCUUUCUGCAUCUGACGGAAUGAAGACCAUACAGCUGUUUGGCGUCACAAUAACAUCACCUGUGCAAGGAGACACCAAUGGCGCUUUCGCUUCAGCACAAGUGAAUCAGGUUCCAGAGGGUGUAGAUGAUGAAACUGCUACCGAAGAAGCUUCUGACACAAGCCUACCUGACUCUCUUACCAAUGGCCACAAUCAAGAUGGUGCUAGGCUUUGAAGGAAUAUCCCAUUAAACGUUUCCAAGAUAUGGCUGGACCAGAUUUGUUUCUAACAUUUUGGUCUGUUCUGUUUCACCCUCCGGCAGUUUGACGGGAUGUGGUGUUCUUAUGCAUGCAUUUAAUCUGGAGUUUAGGCUGGCAACUAUGCCGCAUGGUCCAGUUAAGUUUGGAGUAAUCUGGAGAAACGUUCAUUUCUUUGUUAGAAUUGUUAUAGAGCAGCACUGCUCUGUUUUAUUUUCCUUGAAUUUUCACACCUGCACUUUGUUUGCUUGUUGUUUGUUUACCUGUAUUGAUCUGAUAAACAUCUUUAAUUUCCUGGGGAACCGUUGAACUCUGCUUUGCUGUUGCGGCUAGCUUUUCCAA